ACUGAUCCACAUUUGAUUUGUUUACGCCGUACAGCGCACGGACUGCAGCAAGACAACAACAAUAGUAUCAUCGGAAUAAACAACAAACACUGGGUAACAUGGCCGGCUUCGUGGCGGUGCACACAGGGGCUGGCAAUUGCAUCGACGAGACCAAGUACCAGCGGGUGAUAAAGGAGGCCUGUAUCCGGGCCACGGACAUCCUCCGGAACGGCGGAUCGGCUGUGGAUGCCUGUGAGGCGGCCAUCGUUCGGUUGGAGAACUGCGGCUACACCAACGCCGGCUAUGGCUCCAAUCUGUGCAUGGACGGAUCCGUCCAGUGUGAUGCCGCUUUAAUGGAUGGAUCCAACCUUAAUUUCGGGGCGUGCACAAAUGUCAGUCGUGUCAAAAAUCCCAUCCAGCUGGCACGAAGGAUAUGCGAUGCCCAAGCAACUCCACAACUCCUAGAGCGCAUUCCACCGAUGAUCCUGGCGGGUAGUGGGGCAGAGCGGUAUGCCGACGAGGUUGGCUGCUCCAUGGUUGAACCAUCUAUGCUCAUCUCCGCCAAGGCCAAAUUCCAGUUCAAUCACUACAAGAGCAAAUAUGACUUGGUGGUGGGCCGGUUGGCUAAGGCUCCGUCGGAAGAACCUGUAGCUGUUCCUGAAGCCGACAACGAAGUGGAAUUAUCCGCCGCGUUGGACACCGUGGGAGCAGUAUGCGUGGACGGUGCAGGAAACACUGCAGCUGGCUGCAGUUCUGGAGGAAUUUUACUCAAAGUGCCCGGAAGAGUGGGCCAAGCGGCUACUUACGGUGCUGGAUGCUGGGCCACCGAUACUGAUGAACUGGCAAUAGCUACCUGCACGACCGGCAACGGUGAGUACUUGAUGAAAACACUGUUGGCCAGGGAGAUCUGCAACGGUGCCUUCAGCAGCGACUGUGCGGUAACCAGCCUACACCGGACGUUCAAGCAGAAGUUCCUCGACUCACCCUUGCUGCCUAGACAGCAGGAUCUCUAUGCCGGCGCCCUGACCCUGCUCUACUAUCCGAGCCAGAGCAGCGGCGAGGUGAUGUGGAGCCACACGACGCAAUCGUUUUGCGUCGGCUACAUGGCCACCACACAGAAGGUGCCAAAGUUUGUGCACUCGCCUCUGCCCACGUACAGUGUGCCGGGCAGAUCGUGCGUCGUCAAUGGCCAUAAUUUCCAUUUGCGCAUUUAGAUGAAGCCAACUAGUCUGGUCGCCGGAUUCGCAUCGCUUUCCACCCCUCUCUGUCGGCUGCUUCGGCAGCUUCAUCUGCUGCUCAUUUGAUUUAAUGUUUAAUUGCCGCGACAAUCGCUGCCAAGAGUGCCGGAGGUGGAGGAGAAUAUGCUUUGUCUCGGCGCAAUAUUAAGAUAAUUAAGCGAAAACUUUUAUUUGUAAAUUAUCGUAGAUUGUAAAGCAGAACAGUGUGUACUAUUGGGAUUUCGAAUAUUGUUUUUCCCUCUGCCUUCGAACUGGGUGCGCUAGAUAAAUCAAAUAGCCAGCCAGGCAGCCAGCAAGGCAGAAAGCCGGCGGCAUGCGAGUCGAAAGGAAUAUCAUAUUCGAGAUUCGAGUGGGCAUAUGUUUGUAUAUCCGUGUGUAUAUUUAGAAGCGCUGACGUGUGUGUGCAUCUGUGUGUUUAUGUCCAAGUGUUUACGGCCAUCAAUGUACAGAACUUAACCCAUUAAUUUUCGACGACACAGAAACAGAAACCACAGCCCGAUCACAGCAUAUGCACACACAAUAUCAAGGUCUCUAGUAUCAUCAGUUGUCCCCAACAUGAAUAUUUGAUUAUAUUGAAAAUGCUUUUACUUUUAGCGUAAGCCGAUUUGUACAUAUACUUAUGACGCGAGCUGUUACAAACACA